CGCGAGAGUGCGUUGAACUGUUUCAUACGCGGCUUUGUCAAGAGAGCGAAUAUAUUUAGCAAGAAAUGUCGAUUUGUGCUUUUAAGGUUCAGGUGGCCUCCAUUAUGGAGGUCUUAGCGAAAACGGCAGUAGCAGAAAUUACUGAACUAAUCAAUUAUGGGUCUGCUGUCUUGAGACGGGAGAUGUGCAGAAGCGAAAGAGAGAACGAAGCGCUAAAAACGAAGUUACUGCUGGUGGAGGGAGAGCUCAGGGAUGUGCGAGGAAACGAAGAGGGGACGCCGGGCAUUUCUCUAAACCUGUCAUUUCAAGUUCAGCUUUGCGACGAAUUCAGAGAAGCACAAAGACCUAAUGUUCCAGGGAACGGAAGGAUUUCCUCUGCAGAGAUGGUCUUGAGCGAGCGAUUGCGCACGCAUCCCGCCAGAGAUGACCAGAACGUCCAUGUGGAGAAGAUCGAGGAUAGGCCUGUUGCCUUGGAUAUAAAGCGCGAGCCUGUAGAUGGGGAGCAAGAUUGGUCUGAAUCUCUGCCGCUCAGUGAGGAUAGGCUGGAAGAGGAUCCGACGAGCAGCCAAUCACAGGCGGAACAGAAAAUCAGCACUUCAGGGGCAGCUGCUGCUAAUGGUGGUGAAGGACCCCUCUGCAAGGAGGAGGAGCUGCACAUGCCGCUCUGCUCUGCAGGAGACCCAGAAAAGGAGCUGCAGGCAGAACUCAAACAGGAGCCAGAGGAGCAGCCUCUCACCCCCACACUCCCCCUGUCUGUGGACUUGGGGCUGGAGCUCCAGUCUGUGUGGAGUGAGGCCACCAGUUCAGGCACGAUUCCAGAAAAACAGAGACGUCGCAGAAGAUGUUCGACGCUUAGAGACGCCCAGUUAGAUGACACCACCUCUCCAAAGCGCUACAGAGGUUCUCGGAGGCUGCGCUCAGAAAAGGACGAGGGGUCAGCAUCAUACCUCGAGCAGAAACAAAAUGGCCACCCCCUCUACAAAGAGUGUUCGAAUGGGCCGCCUGAUGAUUUUUCACAAGAGAUGUCAUUUCUUUUGGGUUCUCCAGGAGAGUGUGAUGGAAGCGCCCCGUGUGAGGCGAGUUCUGACACGUCAACAGGAACAAAGAGUCCCUGCAGAACUGAGGGACAGGAGGAGGAGUUUGUCUGCACACGCUGUGGGAAGACGUUCCCGGACGCUCUCGAACUGAAGACACACGAGCAGGUUCACAGCAGGAAGAAACCGUUCAGCUGCUCUGUGUGCGACAAGAGCUUCUCCCAGUCACACAUCCUCAAAGCGCACGAAAGCACUCACACAGGGCAGAAACCGUACGCUUGUGUGGAGUGUGGAAAGUGCUUCUCCCUGAAGAGCCAUCUUAAGACUCACCAGGUUACUCACACCGGAGAGAGACUCUUCAGCUGCACAGUGUGCGAUAAGAGCUUUGCCCAACUUGGUGUUCUUAAGCAACAUCAGAGAAUCCACACUGGGGAGAAACCGCACUGCUGCAACAAGUGUGGGAAGAGCUUCACCCAACUAGGCACUUCAGGGGCAGCUGCUGCUAACAGUGGUGAAGGACCCCUCUGUAAGGAGGAGGAGCUGCACAUGCAGCCCUGCCCUGCAGGAGCCCCAGAAAAGGAGCUGAAAGCAGAACUCAAACAGGAGCCAGAGGAGCACCCCCUCACCCCCACACUCCCCCUGCUGGAGUCCAGAGACUUGGGGCUGGAGCUCCAGGCUGUGUGGAGUGAGGCCAACAGCUUGGAAAUUUCUCAGAAUAAAAACAGGCCAGGUGCAAGAACGUUGGAGCAUGGAGACACCAGUUUAGACGACAACUUCUCUCCUCCACAUGGAAGCGCCCCGUGUGCGGCAAGUUCUGACACGUCAGCAGAAGCAAAGAGUCCCUACAGAACUGAGGGACAAGAGGAGGAGUUCAUCUGCACACGCUGUGGGAAGACGUUCCUGGACGCUCUUGAACUGAAGACGCACGAGGUGCAGCACAGUGCGGGGAAACGGUUCAGCUGUUCAGAGUGCGGCAAAUAACUGUUCACUUGUGAGCAGUGUGGAAAGUGCUUCUCCUCGAAGAACCAUCUUAAAAUUCACCAGUUUACUCACACAGGAGAGAGACGUGUCAGUUGCACAGUGUGCAAUAAGAGCUUUGCCCAUCUCAGUUCUCUUAAGAAACAUCAGAGUGUCCACACAGGGGAGAAACCAGGCAAGACUGAAAUGAUAUUCAUCCCUGCGAAUACCUCUCCCCAUCUGGAUCUCUCCAUUUCUCUCGGGGAUACCACACUCACGCCGUCACCCAGUGCAAGGAACCUCGGCGUGGUGAUGGACAGCAGACUGUCCCUUUCCGAGAACAUUGCGGCGGUGACCCGGUCUUGCAGGUUCUUCCUAUACAACAUACGGAGAAUCCGCCCCUUUCUCACCCCCUACUCGACCCAGCUCCUGGUCCAAGCGAUGGUUCUGUCCCGCCUGGACUACUGCAAUUCCCUCUUGGCUGGCCUCCCAGCGUCCGCCAUCAGACCCCUCCAACUCAUCCAGAAUGCAGCAGCUCGUCUGGUCUUCAACCUUCCCAAAUACUCACACGUCACCCCCCUGCUUACUUCCCUCCACUGGCUGCCUGUCAUGGCUCGCAUCAAAUUCAAAACAUUGGUGCUAGCCUUCCAAGCAGUUAAAGGGUCUUCCCCAGCUUAUCUGCAAAAAAUCAUCAGACCCUAUACCCCUGCCAGACCUCUUCGUUCAGCCUCCACAGGCCGCUUGGCACCUCCCCCUCUCAGAACCUCCACCUCACGCUCACGACUACUGUCUGUUCUGGCUCCACGGUGGUGGAACGAACUCCCCGUUGAGGUCAGAACUAUAGAAUCUCUCCCCACCUUCAAGCGCAAGCUGAAGACGCACCUCUUCAAGCAGCACCUCUCCCCAUCCCUCCCUACCUCCCUGUGAACCUUAAUUGUUGUCUCUGUGACUUGCUUUGUGUAUCGGUACUUUUAGUUGGCUAGGUAAGCAGUGUUUGGAUAGUUAACUUUGGUGACUUUUGCUCUGUUUGUUUGUUUGUUCAAAAAAAAAAAAAAAAAGGCCCUUGUCCUUUUCUUUGUUGUACAGGUAGCAGUUGAAAUUGUACUUACCUCUAGGGUCUUUCAGCGAACUUAUCCCUGGUUAUGGGUAUGCACUUUGUUGUACGUCGCUCUGGAUAAGAGCGUCUGCCAAAUGCCAAUAAAGUAAUGUAAAAACCGCACUGCUGCAACAAGUGUAGGAAGAGCUUCGCCCAACUAGGUGCUCUUAAAUCUCACCAAAGUGUUUCUCCCAGAAUGGCAGUCUUAACACUCACCAGGUUUCUCACACAGGAGAGAAACCCGGGCACACAUACUUUCUCACAAUCAGGACUCCAGGCAUAACAGCGUCCCAAUGUGAUAAAUAAUGUGUUUGGGAUAAACUGAAAUAAUUUCCGGGACACCUUUGUGACGAAAAGUGGUUGUUUUUUUUUGGGGGGGGGGGGCUAAAUGUUUGUUUGUCACAUUACUCUGAGCCAGUUGAGCACCCAUCCCCUCUCACUGGCCAAUAGUUGGCACUGGUUGACCCACAAAAAUAGUAUCGCCACAAAUUGAAAAAUAGUAUCGCUGUUUUUCCUGGAAGGAAUUCCCUGCUUGUAGAAACAAUCUAGCUCAGUGCAACGUGUCGCACUAUUUGAAGAGACUGAGAGUAUAGAAUAUUUCCCCUCGUUAUUCCUAGUUAUUCUAUGUUUAUCUCAUGUAUCAGUAUGUUUAUCUUGUGUUAUUCUAUGUAUCAGUAUCUGCACUAAUACAACACUGAAGAAGUACACUGAAGUA